CCAUAUCAGAUUCUCAUUCAGUCCUCAGCAAAAUGAAGGGCUCCAUUUUCACUCUGUUUCUAUUCUCUGUCCUAUUUGCCAUCUCAGAAGUGAAGAGCAAGGAGUCUGUGAGACUCUGUGGGCUAGAAUACAUACGGACAGUCAUCUACAUCUGUGCUAGCUCCAGGUGGAGAAGGCAUCUGGAGGGGAUCCCUCAAGCUCAGCAAGCUGAGACAGGAAACCCCUUCCAGCUCCCAAAUAAACGUGAGUUUUCUGAGGAAAAUCCAGUGCAAAACCUUCUGAAGGUGGAUGCCUCAGGGGAAGACCGCCUUUGGGAUGGACAGAUGCCCACUGAAGAGCUUUGGAAGUCAAAGAAGCAUUCAGUGAUGUCAAGACAAGAUUUACAAACUUUGUGUUGCACUGAUGGCUGUUCCAUGACUGAUUUGAGUGCUCUUUGCUAAGACAAGAGCAAAUACCCAAUGGGUGGCAGAGCUUUAUCACAUGUUUAAUUACAGUGUUUUACUGCCUGGUAGAAUACUAAUACUAUGUUAUUAAAAUGAUGGCUUUUGGGUAGGCAAAACUUCUUUUCUAAAAGGUAUAGCUGAGUGGUUGAACCACAGUGAUCUCUAUUUUGUCCCUUUGCCAAGGUUAAUGAACUGUUCUUUUCAAAUUCUACUAAUGCUUUGAAAUUUCAAAUGCUGUGCAAAAUUGCAAUAAAAAUGCUAUAAACCA